GGAAAAGUAUCAAAAAACUUAUUCGCUUUUGUAUGAUGAGGAUAUUCAAAAUAAAAUAGUUCAAUUUUUAAAUUCAAAUAAAUUUCAAUUGAAUAUUUCUCAAAUCUGUAAUUAUAUUAUUGAUGAAAUCUUUCCAAGUGUUAGAAUUAAAACCAAAAAAACUAUAAGUAAGAGAAUAGUACAAAGAUGGUUAGGCAAGUUAGGAUGGAAGUAUCAACAUUAUCAAAAGGGAUUAUAUAUUGAUGGUCAUGAAAGAGCAGACGUUAUAGAACAUAGAUAUAUAUUUUUAGAACAUAUAAAACAAUUUGAAUUAUUAAUGCCAAGUUGGUUAGAUAAUUUAACCCAACAAAUUAAUCCAGUUUUACCUAAAAAUGAAAAGUUACAUAUUUUAGUAACACAUGAUAAAACAAGACCUAGUAGUAAACAACCAUUAUGUCCUAAAUCACUUGGAGGUAGCUUAAUGGUUAGCGAGUUUCUUUGUGAUACAAUUAGUCGGCUUCAAUUAAAUAAUAUUCAUAAAGAACUAAAUAGUCAACUUCUAUCUAAAGAGCAAAUUCCUAAUGAGGCUUGCUGUAUAAUCCAUCCUAAUGCUCAUCGUGAUAGUUAUUGGACCAGAGAAGAUGUUGCAAAUCAAUUAAAAAAUAAAGCAAUUCCUAUUUUUAAAGCUAUGCAUCCUAAUUGUAUUGCUGUUUUUGCUUUUGAUAACAAUAAUAAUCAUGAAGCAUUCGCUAAAGAUGCUUUAGUACAAGAAAUAGUAUUCUCUGAUGAAACUCUAAAAGGAAUGCAUAAAGUUCUUGAAGAAAGAGAGCCUGAUUUUAUGAAUCAAAAAUCACUUCUAGAAGAAAUAGUCGAAAAAGCUGGUCACAAAAUAAUUUUCUAUCCAAAAUUCUAUUGUGAAUUAAAUUAUAUUGAAAAUUAUUGGGGUGCAACUAAAAGAUAUAUACGAGCAAAUUGCAAUUAUAGUUUUAAUACAUUAAAAAAUACUGUUUCAGCAGCUCUUGAAUCUGUUUCUUUAAUUCAAAUACGAUGA